AUGUCCCCAAUUUAUCUGGGGUUGCAAAUCCACAACUGGGGAAGGGUGGCUCUUUGUCCCUUCUCUGCAGCCCAUCUUCUCCCCAGCUACACAGACCCAGAUGGCCGCUGCCCUGGACUCCUGACACCAGGUCAAAUGAAGCCAGGCACCUACAAACUGUCUUUCGACACUGAGGCUUACUGGAAGAAAAGGGGCCAGGAGAGCUUCUACCCAUAUGUGGAGGUUGUUUUCAACAUUGCAAAGGAGACUCAGAAGUUCCACAUGCCUCUGCUACUGAGCCCCUGGUCAUACACCACCUACCGAGGGAGCUAGAACCAAGUCCUGCUAAGGCAGCCAUCUGCCCUUCCUUCUCUGGCUAACCAGACACAAAAUCCUUAAGAGUGGGCUUUAUGUUCAUUGAAGGCACUGCUACCCUAUGGAGGUGCUGGCCACCCUGGAGUUUCCCAGUGGGCAUCUGUGGCUUGGGUGUCAAUAAAGUCAGCGCUAGC